AUGGAGGAUUCCUCCCAGAAGCGCAUGAGCGCUAUUCCGCGACUCUCGAAGCUACCUGUACCAAGACCAACUUCAGGAAUUCCAAAGCCAGCAUCGGCUCUACCAAGGCCUACAUCAGUUGUUCGUCCCUCGCCAUCAAGGGAGAGUCUAGGCGGUGGUGAGCUACGGAAUCCUCGGCUUCGUCCUUCGAUGUCGAGAGAUCAAUUACGAACUGGUCAACCAGAUCUCCAACAGCGAGCGCAAAGACUGCGACCUGCUGUUUCCAGAGAACAUCUCAACACUGGAACGAGACGUACAUCGCUCAUCACAAAACCUACACAUCUAUCCCCAGCAAAGCCUAUGGCUCAACGGAUUCCUUCGACGCCGCAUCGAUCGAUGGAGCGACAAGCUGAUAUUAUUGAGGAACAAUCUACAACACCCCCAUAUGAUCCUCCGGGAGAAGCCAUGGGUGUUCAAUUCGACGGAAACAUCUUCCCUCGUCAAUUGACCCUUACAAGGAGACCAUCAGAGACUUUCGCAACUUCACCGUUGUAUGAUCCUGCCAACAACAUCUUCGACCCAAACCAAUCAAGACCACGAACCGCUUCGACCGACGAGGAUGAUAGACCCGAUACAUUGAGGGCUCGGUCUCGUAAGCCAAGACCCUCUCUGAGCGAGAGGACCAUCGAGACUCUUGCUUCCAUUCCCUCUUCUCCUGCCAUGAUGAAGUCGUCAAACUUCUUCGACCAAGGACGAUCAAGUUCACGUCCGCGUUCGAGGGCGGAUAGCGGUGGUUCUAGACCAGGUUCUAGCUAUGCUUCAGAUGCUUCAGUUAGGAUUUACAGGACAGAGAGUCGGCCUGGCUCUAGUUCAGAACAGUCCGAUCUCGGUUACAGCAGCUUUCGAGGUUCCGCAAGUGCCUUCAGAAAGCCCCUGACUCCCAUCGAUGGCACUCCUCAGAAGCGGUCAUCAGUGGUCGGGAGCAAGACUCCCAAUGCUCGAGCAGGAGCCUCCAAGCCAGCUCCUUUCUCUGACGCGAGAAGCCCCAGCCCUGGUAAGCCUACUAUGAUGUCUCCCAAGGGCUCGCAGUCUAUGGCUUUGCGACCUGCCAAGUCAAGGGCUCCCGUCCAGGGCUUGUUCAAGAAGCCUUCACUUCCUGCCCUCGGUAAAGCUUCUCUGAAUGGAACCUCAAACCGUCGCGUGUCUGUUAACUCUGCCUCUACUGCAUCCUGGGAUGGCACAAUCCCUUCGGCUGGCAGUUCUCACAAUACGUCGCUGACAGCCGAUUCGGCCGAGCCUGGAACACCACCAUCCGCCCGCAAGUCCUCGGCCGCUCUGCGCGAGCAGAUUGCCAAGGCCAAGGCUGCGAAAAGGGCACAGAUGAAGCAAGCAGCUGAGAUCGAAACACACCCAGAAGAAGAAGCACCAAUUGUCCCUUCGGAUAGUGGCUUCGACUUUGGCGUGAACCAUGAUGAUCCUUUCAAUACCCGCAAAGGCGAAGAUCCCAAGAAGAAGGUUCUCCAGAAUCGCGUCAAUGCUGCAAGGACAACUGGAAGACUCAACAUUGCGGCUUUGCACCUGAAGGAAAUUCCUGUCGAGGUUCUCAAGAUGUACGAUCUGGAGAGCAUUGGUACCUUUGACGGAAGCUGGGCAGAGAGUGUUGACUUGACACGCUUUGUUGCUGCGGACAACGAGUUCGAAGAAUUGGACGACUUCAUCUUCCCUGACAGUAAUCCCUCUUCGUUCGACGAGGCACAGGCUAGUCAAGGAAAUAUCUUUGCUGGUCUCGAGACCUUGGAUAUGCAUGGCAAUCUCCUCGUCAAUGUCCCCUUGGGAUUUCGACGGUUGACUUGCCUGACCUCUUUGAACUUGUCAAACAAUCGCCUCACGAAUAACAGCCUGGACACCCUCUCACAAGUCACCUCUCUACGCGACUUGAAGAUUGCAAAUAAUCUCUUCUAUGGCCCCCUCAACCCCGUGCUAUCGAGUCUGAAUGAGUUAGAAAUCCUUGACGUGCAUGGUAACAACAUCUCUGCACUACCUCCCAAGGUUGAAAACAUGUCGCGUCUUCGUAUUCUUAACUUGAGCGAAAACAGCUUCGAGUCUCUACCUUUCGAUAGCAUUGCCACACUUCCCAUUACCGAGCUGAACAUCAGGAAGAACAAGCUUAAGGGCACUCUGAUCGAGGAGCCCAUCGGCUGUCUGCCUCAGUUGCACACAUUGGACGCUUCUGCAAACCAGCUGCAAAGACUGGUGCCCUUGGGUGCCUCGAUCGACCUCCCAGUUCUGCAUUCUCUAUCUCUCUCGAUGAACCGACUUCAAGGACUUCCAGACAUGACGACCUGGACAAGUCUUCUGACGCUCUCGGUCGAAGAAAACAACAUCUCCGGAAUUCCUAACAGUUUCAUGGGUCUCGAGAAACUUCGUCAUGCUGAUUUCUCUAGCAACGACAUCAGAGUGAUCCCUCCCGAGGUGUCUCGCAUGGACAACUUGUCUAUGAUUCGACUCAGCGGCAACCCUCUUCGUGACAAGAAGUUCCUCUCCAUCACCACCGAAGAUCUGAAGGAAGUUCUUGCUGGCCGCCUUGAACCGCCACCUCCCUACCAAGAGCCAGCUUCUCAAGUCGGCAUCCUAGAUGUGCUGGCUGAUGUAAAGGGUCCUAACAAUACGCAAUCGAACCCUGACGCAAUGUUUGAUGAAAAUGACAGCCACCGCUCUCGAUCGCACACGUUGUCGAACCAGACCUGGCCCGUCAAGCCUGGCGGUAUCCUAGAUCGAUCCCAAACCCAGUCUUCAUCUCUCCAUCCCGUCGUUUGCUCUAAAGUCGCUGCCGAGCACCGUGUCCGACAAAUCUUCCUCCAAAACAACCUUUUUGCUACCCUACCCAACUCGCUUAGCUUUUUUGCCGAAACAUUGACUGCCCUGUCUGUGUCUCACAACCAGAUGGUUGGCGAGGCGUAUCUGACGGAGGAAUUGGAACUCCCGGCUUUGAGGGAACUUAACUUGGCAUCGAAUCACAUUACUGGUCUUGGAGCGCUUGUGCAGUUCUUGCAUGCACCAAGUCUUGAGAAGAUUGACGUGACGAUGAACCGCCUCAACGCUCUCCCAACAAAUCUGAAGGAGUCUUUUCCCGUUCUGAACGUCUUGCUAGCGAGUAACAACCACAUCGUUGAUCUCGAACCAGAUAUGAUCAAGGGUCUCAAGAUCGUCGACGUCAGCAACAACGACAUCGCCCAUCUGAAUCCCCGUAUUGGACUUCUCGGCGGUCCCGGCGGACUCGAGCGUUUUGAGGUCGCAGGCAACCGAUUUAGGGUUCCGCGGUGGAACGUGAUUGAGCGAGGCACAGAUGCCACACUGCGGUGGCUCAGGGGUCGUGUGCCGGUCGCUGAUAUGGCUUCAUGGCAGGGAGAUGAUGAUGAGCCUGAGGUGGAUUAA